AUGUCUUUAGCACUGACCGGUGAUAGCAUCCUCGACGCCUGCAUUGCCACCAUCCAAGGCCAAAUCAACGCCUGCAGUCAGACCGACUACUCUUGUCUCUGUACACAAUACAACAACCUUCUGACCUGCUAUACGAACUGCCCCAACGACGCCGGCGUUGGCACCGCCCAACAACAGCGAGAACAGAACUGCAACGCUGCUUCUGUUUACGGCAGCACCACCACCUUGGGUACCGCUUCUUCGACCAGCGGCUCCGCCACCGCCACCACCGCCACCAGCUCUUCUGAAACGGCGACCCAAACUGGCUUUGCCAGUGCAUCCAACACUGGUACGGCCGCAAGUGCCAGUGAGAGUGAAAGUGCAAGUGCGAGCGCAAGCGCAAGUGCCUCUGGUGAUUCCUCCGACAAUGCCGCCUCCAGUUUGGAGAUGGCUGGCAGCCUCAUCGCUGUGGCGCUCGCCGGAUUGGGCUUCGUGUUGUAA